AAUAACGGAAUAGUUGAGCGUACUAAUUAUUCUAGGGUUGUUAGUAACAAGGUACUUUGCAGAAACUAGCUAUAUCAAUAAGAUUCAUGUUUUGUGACUGAGAAAGAGUCUCUGAUCAUCCUCAUACUCAUAUUUGCAUUAAUAUUUGUCUUGCAUUAUUCGCGUUCAGAAAUUGAAUUGACAACUUUAAAUUCGACUCUCCCUUAGGAACGAACCUGCUUAUCCGUAUACUACUAGUUAGUGUAAGAGAAGUAAGGAAUUUAUUUUUGCUAGUUCGACACCUCGUCAAAAUUGGCAUCGCUGCCGAGGAGCAGUCGGUAGUUUGAGUUGUUAUUUAAUUUUCUGUUUUUGCAUUUAGUUUCAUUCUUUGUAUUUACUAAUUUAUCUUUUUAGAAUUUUAUUUUCAGGUACAAACAAUCAUUCUUUUGGUGUGUGCACAAUUGGGAACAAAAGGUAAAUCUCUAAACUAGUUGUGUGCAUAAUAUUUCAAGAUGCUUCCUUUUGGGAACAACGUAUAUGGUUUACAAGACCAUACAUACUAUGGUGAUCAAUUUAAUUCUCAUUCUUAUGACUUCCAACCAUACUUGGGAUAUAAUCAAAACCAAUCUUUUGGAUAUGAACAAUCACAAGGAUGGGAGGAUAGUUGUACUUUUAAUCAGUUUAAUUCUAGACAUGUGCAGAUGUUCGAUCACAUUCUCUAUGAGCUAAAGGCAGUGGAAUAACUUGGUAGACAACCAACCGAACCUUGUUUCAACGAGUCUAGCCCAACUCCUGAUCGUAUUUAUGAUCAUUCACCCAUUCAAAGGGAUGAGACUUGGGCUGGAAACUAUGAAAGUGGUGUGUAUCCAAGUUUGGUGGAGCAAUCUUCAAAUCAGAAAUUUGAUAGUUUUGUUGAAGUUGUUAUUCCCGUGAUGCAACAGAUGCUUCAAGCAACACAACAAUUUUGUGAAUUUCAGCUGAGUUACAAUGAAUCACUCCAAGAACUUCAACGGAAUAUAGACAACAUCAGAAAUGGCAUGAAUCAAAUUCAAGAAGAGCGGAACAAGGAAGAGGUUCAAACUCAUUCUAACAUUCCCAUGGAAGCCAAUAUAGAGUAUGAUGAAUCCGAAGAAGACAAAUGCUUUAAUGUUGAUAAUGAAGGUGUAACUAGCUCAACUCUUGAUUGUGAUAAUGAUCAUUCACUUAUUCAAAAGGAAGAAGUUGAGUCUAGAAACAGUAAAGUUAUUAAUGGUAAGACUUAUGUUGUGUAUGAGAGCGAUGAUGAUUAUGACUUCUUUGUGAAUAACACCCCUAAUUCAGAUAUUGUGAAUACUUUGAAUGAGAAGUCAACUUGUGAUGGAGACCGUAAGGAUUACGAUGACUUAGUUGGAGCAGAUUUCGAUUCUGAUGAUGAAGAUUUGGAAGUUAUAGAAGAAACUGAUGAAGAAUGGCUCGUAAAGAGUUUGAAUGAGAAUUGUGAUACUUGUGAUGUCGGAGAAUCAAUGGACUUUUUCAGGAGUACUGAGGAUCCCGUAAUGUUUGAGAUUAUGCGAGGUUUGUCUAUCCCUGUACAUGAACCUCUAUCUAAUGAUGAUCCUCCCAAACUUGAAGUAGUUUCUUGUAGAGUUGUUAAUCCAUCUUUUAGGAAAAUACCUCAUUUGGUGCUGGAAUUGAAUGCUUCUAAAGCUCUUUCCGAAUUCCUUUCUUCUAAGUAUCCACCAUAUAUGUAUGAAUUUAGCGCCGUGCAGGUUUCCAUAAGAAGUCAUUCUACUUUUGUUUCCUAUAUAUUUCGCGAUGUAUAAAGAACUAAGUGUGGGGGUGGUUCUUAUGUGAUGAUAGUUUCACUUUUGUUAUUUUGUGCUAAUAUUCUUGUGAAGCUAUUGUUCGAAUUGCAGAUUGUUUUGUGGGUGGAUCCUCAAAUUUUCAGAUUGUUGAUAUAUGGGGAGUCUAUUUUGAAUGUUUCUCAUAUGCCUCAAUCAGGUAUUUUGGAAUCAUGUGACGAGAAACAAUAGAAAUCAGAGCUCAAUUCAAUAUUUGGUGAGCGUAAGAGUUGCAAGUCUUAAACUACGUGGAAUCACUGAAGUUAGCAAACAUUGCAAGUCUCAAAAGAAUGAAAACAAGGAGUUACUGAAGCUCCCGUUGCUUCUGCUCAGGGCAGACACAAAAUAGUCAUUUCAUUUGGCUAAAGACAGAUGCGCUCUGUCUCUCAGGGAAGCCCACCAUCUUUUAUAUCCUAAAGGCUAAAAGCUAGGUCGAUAAUUUCGCCCCAAUUCAGUCAGGUCCGAGCUGCUAAACCUGCUCUGCACCAAGCUCCUUCAUGCCAACAAGCUCAGGUCCGAUCUGGUGCUGUCAAGGGUCCAUGAGGCAGUUCACAGUCGAGAAGAGCAAUGUACAGUCUGUUGGGUUAAGAAAAGAUGAUUAACAAGGCAGGCUUUUGAACGAGGAGCCAGAGAGGAAGAGUGGUGACUGCUGUUCAUAACAGAGAUGAACGGAUAAGAAUAAAAAGCCUAUAAGAAUCUGUGAGAUAUCAAGUAGAAUGAGUUGGCCGUCAAUGUGAUUUGGUAUUUUGGGUAAAUAUUGUUACAGAGAAGGCAGCCAUGAAACUGAACCUAGUACCAUUGAUGGGUGUUGAAUGGAUGAAUUGAUGUGUGAUUCAGAGCUUUGAAUGAUUAUAAAUGAAUGGGUUUGAUGCAAAUUUGCAGGGAAGGAGUUUGUGUAGCCUUCAAAAUACAGCCAGUACAUAACCUCCACCAGUUUACUAUGCGCAGACAAGGUGUUUGUGAAAAUCCCUGAGUAAACACAGUCUCAGUCACGACCAAGUGGUGCACCAGCUUUUCCAUUUUAUCAGCAAGACCAUGAUAUCUGAUAUCUGAUGCGUGUUUAGGAUGAUUUCGAAGAGCGUUUUUCUGCGUACAAGAAGGACAUGGUUCUUGUGUUCAAAUAUAUGAAGAUUUGGUCAAGUUCUGGUACCAAGAAGGUAGUUGCAGCUGUUGUCGAUUGCACCAUUCUCUAGCCAAUGGGUCUGACGAGUAGUUGCCAAGGGCUGGGUUAGGUUUCAGUUGAGAAAAGAAGACGGCUAAGAGAUGUUCUCGACUCAACAGAAGAAGUGUUUUGUGAAGCUCAGAGGGACAACAACAGGGGGUGCCAGUUUGUGUGGGUUUUGAACAAAUGUGAACCAGGGAACAAAGUGAGUUGCAACCUGCGGGUCUGUGAGAUGGGUUGUACUUGGAAUUCAAGUUACAACGACAGUUCAAUUAAUAGAAGAGAUUUGAGCCGAGAAACCAGUUUACAAAAGAGUUUGCUGGCAUUAUUUUAGGCGAUCAACGGCUGUGAAUUGAAGUGAUAUUUAGAAGUCGGUCUGGUUAGAAAACUUGGGCUUCAAUCCAAUUCAAUAUUGCAUGGAAAAGCGAGCUAUAAAAGAAGACUUUGGUUUCUAGUAUUAUCAAUCACCUCACAAUAAUCUUAAUCGACGCGGCGAAAGAAGAUAUUGUGGAAUCAAAAACUAUGAGACAAAGAUGUUUGUGAUUACUUUUAUAUCUUUCCUA